AAUAUUGAGCAUCGGUUUAAAAUGCCGAGAUCUAGGGAUCUAGACCACGAAAAGGAAAGACAAUCUUGACAAUAUUCGUUCUGACGUCGGGGUUAUCUUCCAGCUGGAGAGAAGAUCUGCAUUUGAGGCCAACGUUUGACUGUCGAUCUUUUGUGAAAUAAGACCAUGUUUGCAUUAUUUAUUGUACCCGAAGUCGCAUGCAUCUUCUUUUCAUAUGUAUACUACCUACAUACUAUGUAUUACCUACAUAUUCUAAAACCAUUCGGAUCGAUCCGUCGUCUAUCUAAUCUUUAUUCAACAUUCACUCAACAUCUCCACCUCUUCUGUCACUUUGUUCAGUGUGUUUACAUACUGUCCCAAACCAGACAGAGAUAAUUCUCGAGUGGCAAACCGAAAAAGCUUUCAACCGUUUUCCCCUAAGAGUAGCCAAUCAAUCACCUGUUCUUUCUCCAAGAUCCACCCUUGAAUCUUGGAACCGGGUAUCACAUCCGAUCUUCACUAUUUUAACGGUACCUACUCUAUUACUUUACGAGAUAAAGCUGGUAGAAUAGCUUCGCCAUGUCCAAAUCACCAUCGGACAACAAGGAUACCUCCAGAUCCAAGGACCAAGAGCCUAGCGGGGGUUCGGCGAAUGCAUCCGCCUCAGCUGCUUCGACUCAAGCCGAGAUGGUUAAGGCAUUCCAGGACCUCGCUAGGGGCGAACAACAAGCCGCGGCUCUAGAAGCAAGUUUGACAAGCUUGGAGAGCAAACUCGAUGCCUUAUUAGCAUCUAUUGAAGGUGGGCCUGCCUCGUCUGAUGCAAGUAAGAUGAAAGAGAACUCUGAAGAGCAGGGCCCUAAUGCAGAAAAAUAACAUGUUGCUUUCCUCCUCGUCUAUCGGGCCACGUCGUGUUUAAUCUAGCGGGGGCUUCCGCUGUGGUACAGGCGUCUGUUGUGUAUAACGGGUUAGAGGAGUACAUAUCGAGCGAGGUUAUCUUCAGUCAUCGAUCGCCUAAGAUCGCCUAAAUUCGCCACCGUAUCCAUACUUACAUACACCUACAUAUAUAUGUAUGUAUAAUCCCCACAUGCAGUUCCAAAUAGAUUAUUCCAGGAGAUCAGGGGAAGCUCUCUUGGAAGCUUUCCCCGCAGAGGCGCUGGUGGUACAGAUCCAGACCAACCUGGUGUACAUACAUGCGUACAUAGCAUAGAAUGAAAUAGAUUAGAGCAUUUAUUGCAUUAGUGGAAG